CCAUGACCCAGUGCCUCGACCUACAGGGCGGCACUGAGGUCGAGGCUGAGCAAAACGCUGCAGAUUUGCUUCGCCCUGCCGUGUCACGCACUGGCCAAUGAAGCUUAGAAUGAGGACUAUCGUCAACAUCCUAGCAAAGGGGCCAAAAAUGGCUCCAGCCUACCUGGGCGGCCCGUUGCGAGGACAGACGACAAUCUGUGACUUUCACUGACAUACACUUCGCGCAUUCCUGGCCCAAGCAUCGCCAAAAUGGGCAUCUAUCGUCGGGUGUCUCACACAACCCGUGGCCAUCCAGCAAUGGAGACUGUGCAGGGGCCAAAAGGCAAGACAACACCAUGCAGCCGAUGUGCCACUACGCAAACUCGAUGUAGUCGCAAGUCCAGCCUUGGCCAACCUUGGGUGCUUGUCGACCUUGGAGUGUCGGCCGCUCAUAAAGGUAGUCCAGCGUUCUUCUCGGUCGGCUCUUCCUCACUCCAACAUUGGUUCACAUCGUAUCCGUGAGCUCUCGCCCGUCAACGACCCUCUCGAUGCCUUCCCCGGCGAAUUACCACUCACUCCAAUACCCUGACGACAACCCUGGUGAGGAGCAGUCUGAGGAUCGGGAUCGCGCGUUAUGGCUCGUGGCUGAAAGGGAGUUUGGCAAUGGACAAAACGGCGGGAGCAUUCAUCGCAUUGACUGCCGGACCCCAACAUCGGUCCCUCCCAGCCCUGUCUCUCCACUUUCGGAGCAUGGCAGCGCCAUGUUCAGGCCAGCCUCUUCAGAGGAUGAGUCUCGACCUUCAUCUGUCGACAUCGUCGAAAAGAAGUUGCAGAACUCUGCGCCAAGGCGAUCUGGAUGGUGGUCAAGAUUGGUGUCAGACUCGUGGAUAAUCGAGCUUGUUGCCAGCUUUGUCAGCUUUGCUGCCAUUGCUAGCAUCAUCGGCGUCCUCUGGGGCUAUGACCAGAAGCCUGUACCUCCAUUGAUGAAGGGGAUCACGUUAAAUGCCGUCAUCUCCUUUCUUGCCACUAUCUCGAGAACAGCGAUCAUGCUUUGCGUCGGCACCGUUAUUUCCCAAGGAAAAUGGCUUUGGUUCAAAAAGGAGCGGUCUCUGAUGGAUUUGCAAAACAUCGAAGACGCAAGCAGAGGGCCGCUCGGAUCGAUACUCAUGCUCUUCAGGUUCAAAGGCGGCGCCCUGCCAUACCUCGCCGCAUUCUUGACAGUAGCUGCCUUGGGCUUCGAUUCAUUUGUGCAACAGCUACUGACCACCGAAAAUCGCACAGUACCUGUGCCAGGUAACGGGAUUAGUAUUAAUUCGUCGACGUCGAUGACCACAGACAUCUAUCUGGCAAUGGGCUAUCCGGAAACAUUGGCGCAGUUGACGGCGGCAAUGCUUGCAAACGUGCAACAGGAAGAUCAGCCCAUGGACAUUAUGGCUGCGUCGACUGUGGGGCGCCAUGCAAUGAAAAAGAGAUCUGAGGCUACGACACAGACGCUGGCAUUGCCUCUCAAAGCAGACUGCCCCAGUGGCAAUUGCGUCUGGCAGCCUUACUACACUCUUGAUAUUUGUACGCAGUGCCGGCCAACUACGAAAGAACUGACCAUCAAGAACUUGUCGCCCCAAAGCUCGGAUUUGACGAAAAUUGUUUCUGCUGCGCGAAGUGGGAAUAUUUCCGGUGCCGACCAACAGACAUCUAGCUUCACGUGGGAGAUCAUACCAAAAUUUGGGCAAACGUGGAAAGUCACCUCUAACCUGAGUGCAUUCGUCGAUGAAAAUGACAUGAAUGGCAACGCCCAGGGGCUUGAGGUUUAUGUUUCGAUAACGCAGAAGGUAGUCUGGCCCCUCAAUUUCGCUAGUUCAGACGGCCUACUUCUGGAUCCCCGUGGCUGGACAAAGCAACCCUUUGCUGGUAUCAACGAGCCAGUGGCAGCCAUAGGUUUUGCCGAGUUCGACGUCGACGACAAUGGGGUGCCGGCUUUGAACAACUCACUGGAAUGUGCCAUGACAUAUUGCGUCCGAGAGUACAGCACAUCCGUGGUUCAGGGCAACUUGGUCUUGGAUGUGUUAUCCACGCAUUACGGGAAAGUUGACGGCGACCCGGAUGCGGCCAGCGGCCUAAGCUGGUCAGCCGAAGUCAACGGAACGAGCUUUACAGCCGACGAUUUCUUGACGUAUGGAACGGGGAUCGGGACUCUCACGGGGUAUGUUUUGGGCAACAGUACGCAUAGCUACAAGGGCAGUUGUCUGGCGAGCAGUAAUUGGAGCUGCUCGGCACCCGUCACCUCGAACAGUGGAAGUGUGGAGGGUCUCAGCACCGAGGCAUGGAAGGGCGUCGACCUAACGCCGAACUUCGCGGCGGUCGUGGAAGACGCAAAUACCGUCAUGAGUCAAAUUGUGCAACAGUACGGCAAUGUGUCGGUGAUCGGCGACAACGCCGUGCUCAAAACAUUCGUGGUGGUGCGGUGGGCGUGGAUCACUCUGCCCGCAGCCAUUGUUCUCUUCGGUGUCGGGUGCCUUGGGCUCACAGUGUGGGAAACCAGCAGAAUGCAAGCACCAAGCUGGAAAGCGUCCUUACUACCACUCCUGUAUCGAUAUGUCGACGUAGACGAGAGCAGUGCUGAGGGACGAAGCAAUACCGCCGCGGCGGCAGGGCCUGUCACAGGCCAGCCGUCUCGUGAGCCGGACGACGGAUUCACCUGCUCCAACCUCGUCAGUGAAUUCCAGGCGGAGGCGGAGGCUACAGCCACUCGGUUCACCAGGCGAGCACCCAAGCUGCAGAUUUGGCAGCUACAGUCACUGGAGAUUAUCCAGAAAGACCCGAAAACGUGGUGGCAGCGGCUUAAAUGGGGGUGAAGCAACCACCGAGCCACUUUGAGCAUUGCUACCUAGUCAUAUCAAGGUAAUAUGUAUUAUAUAGCAGUAUCGAGUCUUAGGAGCAGAUGGAAGAUACCUUCGCGGCAUCGAUGGAGUGAAAUGAC